CACACAAAAUAACUUUCAGCUGUGCUGUGCAGAAUGUUUUUGCAAUCGCAAUUGAAACUGGCCAUUAGCGAGGUCGAGCCUUUCUCAUCAGUAGAUGUCGGGUUUGUCUGAAAAAUAAUUUAACUUAGCAUUGCUGCAUCCGAUGGAGCUGGAGGAACAGUGGUGGAAAGGACAAGUGGUUGCUGAUAUCCAUCAGGCUCUUCGCAUCAAGGAGCUCAGAUUACCACCCUACAAAAGCCACUCUCCUCAGCUGAACACCAGACGUUACUUUGCAGAUCUUCUUGCAAUCAUCAGCAAUCAUUUUCAUCUUUGUCCCACUGCUCGUCACCUUGCUGUCUACCUUCUAGAUUUAUUUAUGGACCGUUAUAAUGUUUCUAUUCAGCAAUUACAUCUGGUGGCACUCUCCUGUUUACUUUUGGCAAGCAAGUUUGAGGAAAAAGAAGACCAUGUACCCAAACUUGAACAACUCAACAGUCUCAGUUGUAUGACCAGCAUGAACUUGGUGUUAAACAAACAGGACUUGUUGCACAUGGAGCUCUUGUUACUAGAAUCUAUUCAGUGGAACCUCUGCCUGCCCACUGCUGCCCACUUUAUCGACUACUACCUUUCUGUUGCUGUACAUGGAACUGAUCUUCAUGAUGGAAGGCCUAUGGUUUAUUUGGAGAAGACCAAGUUAUAUACAGAAAAGUACUCUGCCUACUUUCUAGAAGUGUCUUUGCAAGAUCAUGGCUUUCUAAAUUAUUUUCCUUCAGUAGUUGCUGCUGCUUGCAUAGCAGCAUCUCGAGCUGUUCUUAAACUCUCUCCUUUAUGGCCUGUUCGACUGCAUCGUAUUACUGCUUAUGCAUGGGAUGCUCUGUUACCAUGUAUUGAACGUCUGUUGAUUGCUCAUGACAAAGAUGUCAAAGAAGCCAACAAGCAGAAAGGUGAACAGAAAGCAGAACAGAAAGGUGAACAAUUAGUUCAGCAAAUUGGACAGACAGCUUUCUUUACUCAUCCCAUAGCUUCCUCCCAAACCCAGACUGAACAACAGGCUUCACCAUACUUAUACCCAAAGCAUCUGCAUCUAUUACAGUAUUCUCACCAACAGCUCUUGCAGCAUAGUUGUCAAUCUGUCUUUUCAACAGCUCAGGCAACAAGAUACACAAUACCAGCAUGCCCUUCCAAUCUCCAAACUAAUCGUGCGACUCAUGGACCCAUACAAGCUAAUGCUAUGUCAUUAGCAACCACUAUAGAAGGUAAAUCAUGUAUUAAUGUUCCUUAUAACCGGAGCUACCAAGUCAAUGGCCAUUAAGUCUGUACAAAAAAAAAAACAAUGCUUUGAAAGCCAAUGCUAAGUGUGGGAUUGGCUUUAAUGGUAACUUCAUCUUAAUAUGAGAAGCAACAACACAACAAUUUAUUUUAGUGGGCACUAAUAUUUACAGAAAUAAUGGAAAGUACCUCCCUAAUUCUUGCAGAUGUAUUUGACCUGAGAACAGGUUAAAUAAGAUUAUGAAAGAUGGACAAAAUGCUAGUUUGGGAGGCUUGAUGCUUUU